ACGUCAUGAGCUCAACGCAUGCUCUUUCUCGUAAUCAACACGAAAAUGACAGCAGAACUAACGUAGGAACCCUUCACGUUUCGCUAUUUAGAGCAGGCGAACCUGUGCAAGGAAGCGGCAGUUCAUCUUCUCAGAGCUCAAGAAACAUGGCGGAGCAGGAGACGAAGAUGGUGAUCAAAGUGGAUCUUCAGUGCCGUCGCUGCUACAAGAAGAUCAAGAAAAUCCUGUGCGAGAUCCCUCAAGUGAAAGAUCGAAUCUUCGACGAGAAACAAAACACGGUGACCAUCACAGUGGUGUGUUGCAGUCCCGAGAAGGUCCGGCAAAAGAUUUGUUGCAAGGGAGGAUGUUGCAUUUUAUGCAUCGACAUUAUACCGUGCAAGCCACUUACAAAGGAUAAAUCCACUCAAACUGAGAAACCAGAUACAAAGGAUAAAUCCACUCAAACUACAGAAACAUGUCCUCCCAGAAAACAGUGUCCUCCUCCACCGGUACUAGGUUACCCGCCGGUGUAUGUGAUGGGGCUGGUGUACGUUUGUCCCCCAUGUCACAAUCGAGGUUGCGGUUGGUUCUGUCCGUGCAGCUGCCACUGCAGGAGGCCACCAAUGUGCGACGGUGGAUGUGGGAGGCCACCGAUGUGCCGUGAUGGUUGUGGGUGGCCGGCCCACGAGUGCCGAUGCCAGAGACCUCUUUACUCGAGGUGCUACGAUUGAUGCGACGACAAUGGAAAUGCCUCUUCGUCAUGGACCCUGCACAGUCGUGACGGUGGAAGGCCACCGGUGUGCACCAAUGCCGGCUGCGAGUGCGAAGCUUUCUGGUCCCUUGUGUAAGGAGAGCUCCGUGGUAUUUAUGCGAAACCGAGGUUUUCAUUCCCUCGAGCCGGUGUUUUCACGACAUCGAGAGGGGCAUGCUAUACAGUAUCUUCCAUUAGAUAUACGUCGCCGUUGUCGGAUCUUGAUUAUGUCUACGCAUAAGGAUCCGUUGAAUUAUGCUUUACCCUAGGUUUUCAACUUCUAUUGUACUUUGCAUUACCUUUCACCUACUUUGGUCUUCAAUGUUGUUGCUGAUU